UAUGGUUGUAGCAGGUUAUGGGCAUGACAAGAAUUGUAGGUUUUGUUUAUGUUGUCGGUGUGCUAUGUAAUUUAGGAUCUAGCUAAGGGAGCUGAACUAAUCUACUUCUGGUAUCAUUUUACUUUAAAAGAGUAUUAUCAAUUAUUUGCAAUGGCUGCUUUAGAGAGGAAAGGAACGUUUAAAGUGGAGUAUUUGCAAAAGAUAGAGCACGAAGUCCAGUUACAAUGGGAGAAAGAAAAGUUGUUUGAAGUAAAUGCCCCUGAGAAACCAAGACAAAAAUCUGAUGAAAAGUUUUUCUGUACAUUUCCUUUCCCUUAUAUGAACGGAAGAUUACAUUUAGGUCAUGCCUUUUCAUUGUCCAAAUGUGAAUUUGCAUCGCGCUAUCAACGUCUUAAAGGGAAACAUUCACUUUUUCCUUUUGGCUUUCACUGUACUGGUAUGCCAAUUAAAGCCUGUGCAGAUAAAUUGAAGAGGGAAAUUGAACUGUACGGAUGUCCACCCAAUUUUCCAGAAUAUGAACAGGUGAAAGUUGUGGAUAACGAAGAGUUAGUGCUUAAAGAUAAAGCUAAAGGAAAGAAGAGCAAAGCAAUGGCAAAAGCUGGCACUGCAAAAUACCAGUGGCAAAUUAUGCAAAGUUUAGGUUUAAAUGAUCAAGAAAUAGCAAAGUUUGCAGAUGAAAAUUAUUGGCUUGAUUAUUUUCCUCCACUUACAGUUCAAGAUCUGAAAGCUAUAGGAUUACAUACAGAUUGGCGGCGUACUUUUAUUACAACUGAAGCUAAUCCCUUUUUCAAUUCUUUUGUACGAUGGCAAUUUAUUAGGCUAAAGGAGAGGAACAAAGUACAAUUUGGGAAACGUUACACCAUUUAUUCACCAAAAGAUGGCCAGCCUUGUAUGGAUCAUGAUCGAUCUUCAGGAGAAGGAGUCGGUCCUCAAGAGUACACAUUAAUUAAGAUGAAAGUGUUAGGACCACUGCCACCGAAAAUAAGUGUUUUUAAAGAUAAAAACGUAUUUUUGGUUGCUGCCACAUUACGUCCUGAGACGAUGUAUGGGCAGACAAAUUGCUGGGUUCGUCCUGAUAUGAAAUACAUUGCCUUUGAAACACGAUCGGGGGAUAUAUUUAUAUCAACAAAACGUGCCGCCAGAAAUAUGUCCUAUCAAAAUUUUACAAAGACAGAAGGUCAAUUUGAAGUAUUGGUGGAAUUCAUUGGGCAAGAUAUCAUGGGUGUAGCUGUUAAAGCUCCUUUGACUUGCUAUGAAAAAAUUUAUGUUUUACCAAUGCUAACUAUUAAAGAUGACAAGGGUACAGGUGUUGUGACCAGUGUCCCUUCUGAUUCACCAGACGAUUAUGCUGCUCUGGUUGAUUUAAAGAAAAAGGAGCCGUUCAGAGAAAAAUACAAACUUCUAGAUGAGAUGGUAUUACCUUAUGAGCCAGUGCCUAUAAUAGACGUUCCUGGGUUUGGGCAUCUUUCUGCAGUCACUGCUUACGAAAAAUUAAAGAUACAGAGCCAGAAUGAUAAGGACAAACUUGCUACUGCUAAAGAAAUGGUUUACUUAAAAGGAUUUUAUGAUGGAAUUAUGUUGGUAGGCGAAUUUGCCGGCAAAAAGGUACAAAGUAUUAAAAAAUCUCUACAGAAGCUGUUGGUAGAUCAAAAUCAAGCUGUAAUUUACUAUGAACCAGAAAAAACAGUUAUGUCACGUUCGGGAGACGAGUGUGUUGUCGCUCUUUGUGAUCAGUGGUUCCUUGAUUAUGGCGAAGAAUCUUGGAAAAAACAGGCCAAUAAAUGCCUAGAAGGAAUGAAUUUGUAUCACGAAGAAGUUAGAAAGAAUUUUCAGAGUUGUCUUAGUUGGCUUCAUGAGUAUGCAUGCUCUAGAAAGUACGGUUUAGGAAGUAAACUUCCAUGGGCUGAGGAAUGGCUUAUUGAGUCGUUGUCAGACUCCACAAUAUACAACGCAUAUUAUACUGUGGCCCAUCUCCUACAGGGCAACACUUUCAAGGGUGACAAACCAAAUGCUCUUGGAAUAAAAGCAGAACAACUUACUCCUGAAGUUUGGGAUUAUGUCUUCUUCAAAAACGUUCCUUAUCCUGCAAAGUGUGGCAUUAAGAAAGAAUACCUAGAUCUAAUGAAACGUGAAUUCGAAUAUUGGUAUCCAGUAGAUUUGCGUGUCUCUGGAAAAGAUUUGAUUCAGAACCAUCUGACUUACUAUAUUUUCAAUCAUUGCGCCAUUUGGCCUAAUGAUGAAAGCAAAUGGCCUAAGGGAAUUAGGGCUAAUGGUCACCUGUUACUGAAUUCAUCUAAGAUGUCCAAGUCAGAAGGAAACUUUUUAACACUUAGCGAGGCGACGAAAAAAUUUAGCGCGGACGGGAUGAGAUUGUGUUUAGCUGACGCAGGCGAUUCUAUAGAAGAUGCAAAUUUUGUAGAAAGUUCGGCAGAUGCUGGAAUUUUAAGACUUUACACCUUCAUUGAAUGGGUGAAGGAAAUUUUGGAAACGAAGGGAACUUUAAGAACUGGUCCUGCAAACACGUUUAAUGACAAAGUUUUUCAUAAUGAAUUGUUUCUAAAAAUUGAAGAGACAGACGCGCAGUAUAAUAAGUUAUUAUUUAAAGAAGCUCUUAGAACGGGUUUCUUCGAGUUGCAAACAGUAAGAGAUAAGUACCGUGACCUAACUAUAAUGGAGGGCAUGCAUAAGGAUCUUAUUUUACAAUUUAUAGAAGUGCAGGCGCUUCUUUUAUCUCCUAUUUGUCCUCACGUUUCUGAACAUAUAUGGAAAUUAGUGGGAAAGAAGGGUAGCAUUUUAAAUGCCACCUGGCCAGCGGCAGGAAAGAUAGAUUAUCCACUUAUUAAGUCUUCCGAAUAUCUAAUGGAAGCUGCUCACUCUUUUAGAGUUUACCUAAAAACCCAUCUUCAAGGGCCAAGGGCAACUAAGAAUAACCCUAAACCUACUGUCAUCGAAAAACCGACUUUUGCAACGAUUUGGGUUGCUAAAACUUUUCCGCCCUGGCAACAUUGUAUUCUUCAAACCCUUCAGAACUUUUAUAAUAAACAAGGAUCUCUGCCUGAUAAUAAAACAUUGUCUACUGAGUUUUCAAAAAAACCUGAACUUCAAAAAUAUAUGAAAAGGGUAAUGCCUUUUGUUCAAGCUACUCGAGAAAAAUUAGACCAAUUAGGAUCAAAAGCCCUCGCUGUAACACUCGAAUUUGACGAAAUGGACGUAUUAAAGAAGAGCCAAACUUAUCUGGCGAAUACCUUGGACCUUGAAGACCUAUUAUUAAGGUAUACAGAUGAAGAAGGCGCACCCGAAAGAACCAAAGAAUGUUGUCCAGGACAACCGUACAUUAUUUUUGACACUAAACCUGGAGUUAAAGUAGAAUUUUUCAAUCCCGAGCCCGGUAAUGGUCUAUUCUCGUUUUAUGUGAAGAUUCAAGAAGGCGACAGUUAUGAAAAAGUUAUUGGUCGACUUGCAAAAGAUGUUAAAUUACUUAAAGAUAUACAUAAUGUUGAAAUUUGGAAGUACAAGGAUCCAGUGUUUGGACCAAACAAAAUACCGGUUACAGAGAAACCACUGGAAGAUAAAGUUUUGGUGCCAAGAAAUAGCUCGUUUACAGUUGAUGUAACUAAUCAAAAAGUUUAUGUAACGUCAAAAUUAGUAAAAUCGGAACUUGGAAGGGCAGUAGCUUAUAUAGUAAAAGUAUAAUUACUAUUUAUUGAAUGUCUCACGUUAUUUAUGAAUUAUAAUUUAUUGGUUACUUACAUCAAAUAUGCAAGGAAUGAUAAUGAUGUGAAAUCAUUUUUUGUUCGUUUGCUUUUGUAUAUUUACAGAUCAAUAAAUUAAUGAAAUUUC